GAACAACGCCAACUCAACCCGCCGGCCACGCUCACCGCGCAGAGCAGAGGCUAGGGGCGGCCAAACUCCAGAGAGAACGCAGCCGGCAAUGGGCAACACCAUCGGCGGGCGGCGGAAGGGCGCCAAGGUCAUGCAGCUGGACGGCACGGCGUUCAGGGUGAAGCCGCCGGCGUACGCGGGCGCGGUGCUGCGCGACCACCCGGGCUUCCAGCUCCUCGAAUCCGAGCAGGUGAAGCUGCUCGGCGUCCGCGCGCGCCCGCUGGAGCACGACGCGCUGCUCCGCCCGGGCAGGCUCUACUUCCUCGUCGCGCUGCCCAAGCCCGUCGCGCCCCCGCGCCGCGCCUGGUCCGGCGCGCUCCACGUCGGCGCGCGCGAGCGGCUCGAGUCGCUCAUGCUCACGCGCCGCUCCACCUCCGACCUCACUUUCCCCACUGGCACCGCGCCGGCCUCGCCAGCCGCCUCCGACGGCGGGCCUGUGCAGCUCAGGAUGCGCCUGCCCAAGGCGCAGCUGGCCAAGCUCAUGGGCGAGAGCCGGGACUCCGCCGAGGCCGCCGCCAAGAUCAUGCAGCUCUGCGCCGCCAACGCGGCCGGGAGCGGCGCCGUUACGCCGGAGAGGUUCGCGCCGCGGACGCCCGAGAGGUUCGUGCCCACGCCGGACUGGGGCACCGGCGUUCGGCUCCCGCAGACGCCCGAGCACAGCCCGCGGUUCGCGCCCACGCCCGACUGGGGCGCCGGCAGGUUCUCCCAGACGCCGGAGCAGAGCCCGAGGUUCGCCGCGACGCCCGAGUGGGGCGCCACGUUCAUGAUACCGACGCCGGAGAGAGAUACCGGCAUGAUGGCGAAGACGCCGGCCGAGAGGUGGUCCGCGCUAACCGGCACGCCGGGCGGCAAGGUCAGCCGGAAGGAGAAGCGAACACGGUUCGUCGCCUUACCAGACGAGAUAAUCGCCUAACGAGGGGAGCUAAUACAUCACAAGAAUGUUGGUGCACCUUCAGCUUAACCAGUCAUGAUGCUUACAAGAUCAACCACAGUUAGCCGAAGUCGGAGACGUUGCGAAUGGUUUCCUGCCUCGCCUCUUCCUUCUUCAGGGUCUUGGAUUUUGCAGAGAUUGUGAAGGAGAAGGAGAUGGUGAAAGGGGGAUAAGUGGUGAAGAACUGAAGACCGGUCAGGUAUAGCUGCAUCGACUAACUCGAAGGCUCCAGCUCAGUUAACCGGGGGGAUUCACGCAGUCUACAUCACCUCGUGACUACAUUGACAAACUGUAACAACAAGAUCUAUGAGUUCCCUAACUAACGUUAACUCGAGGCCUCCGACACCGAGAAGAGGGCUCACCAAGAGCAGCGAUUAUGUCAAGCGUAGGAUGUAAAUAGGGAUGUGAAUAGAGCUGAAAGUUUUCGACUUCUCUAUAGAAAUACAGAAACAAAACAGAAAUAUGGAACUGAAAACAUAUUUUUUUGCGGAAAA